GUAUGUACUAACAGUAAGAAUAUGAUUUUAUUUGAACAUUAUGUAAUAUUUUACGCGAUUUAAAAAAAAAAUGUUUUGCCAAUACUGGUUCUGAAUAUGAAAACUAUGCACUAUCAGUUUACACGAACUUUCCAUAAAUGUUACAAUUAAAUUAUCGCGUUAUGCAGUCUGUAAUCAUAUGUUUACAACCACAACUCUAAGUACUCAAGUGAAAGGGGAUACUCUAGAAUACGAAGUUAAGAAGAAGUUUGAGGAGAUAAAUGUUAUAGUAUACGGCGUAAAAUAUUUAUCUGCGUUAAGAAGCAGAGCAAAAUAUGAUAUGGCUAUACUUGUUACUUCAGAUGAAGUUCAUAACCGUAUUGAGUCUGGUGGAGAUUAUUCAACCUAUCAAAGUUCAAUUGUAAAUAACGAUCAUACUCAAGAUCAUGCAUCAGAUAUUCAAAGUAAAGACACUCCUUUAAGUAAAUCGUAUACUUUAUUUAGUGAAAUUCAACUACUAAAACAAGAGCAACCCAUCACGUCUACUUUAACAACACCAUCUGUACAUGUAAAUUUAAAUAAUUCUGAUGAAGAAUUUUUGGAUCGUGAAGAUGAUUUUGUUGUAGAUAGAUAUUGUAUGAAAGAAGAAGCGAUGGUUAUUGCACUUGAAAGAUAUCUUAUUCCAAAGAUCUUGAAGGAUCAAGAAACUUCUUACAGUUCAGCGUUCAUUAGAAUUUGCACUUCUUUGACUAAAGACUGGUUUCGCCAAUUUGCUAUCGAUAAUUACCUUCGGCUUUCAAAUCUUGAUAAAGAUUUAUUGUCAAUUCCUAUAUACGCUUGUACUAGUCGUAUUUAUGAUCUUGAUACCCCUAGUAUUUCUCAAGGGAUGCAGCUCGAGACAUAUAGAUCUGGAAUCAAGAUUACUUCUCCAGUAAACAAAAAUAUAUCAAUUGCUGCUAUCAUUACAACUGUUUAUAUGACUAGUGGUGAUAGUUGGAGUGUGGCUGAGGAUAUUUGGUAUUUACCAAAAAUUCGUGCUAAAUCAGCUGAUCAUCAACAAAAAGUUGAACUCUCAGUGUUAUCCAGAAAUGAAUAAAAAUCAAAACCAAAUUUUCACUCUUAUCCAACACAUGAAUCAAAAACUUGAUUACGGUGACAACUAAAUCAUAAACAAGAUCCAUGGCUUCUCCUUUAUUUUUUUUUAAUUGCCAAUUUUUGAGAACUUUUUCACCUAGCUCGGCAAGAAUUUCAACAUCAUCUAGGUAAUUCGUCAUAAAUGUGAUGUUAGCUUCAGAUGAAUAUACUCAAGAGACGUCAUCAGUACAAUUUAGUAAAGAUAUAUAUCUAUUUGACACACAACACGUUUCAUAUUCGUCAAUAAUAAUUCUUUCAAU